GACAUAAAUACAGCUUUGGCAGCCUUGUUUUCAUUCAACAACAUAAUCUCUUUUUUUCAAACAGUUUUUGCGGCGCACCACCACUUGUCAACUCGCACUGACCAACACUUCCGACCAACACUUUCCAUCAAACAAUCACAACCCAACCGAUCUUGUACCACCACAAACAUGUCAGAGGAAGGCGCACCCUCUCUUCUCCCCUCUGAGGUCACCGAUCUGUCUGAGGAAGUUGCGAUGGAUCAAACUGGUGAUGUAUCUUAUUGCGUUGCCAACUCCAAGACGGAAAGCGCCACCGACUUCGCGUUCGGUUUGGCGACACCCCCAGGAACUCCAAAGGCAGUUACAAUCAAGCCCGAUUGGUUUGGCAGCUACUUUCGACCAUUGCGUGUCCUUCGUCCUGCCUUGCCUACUCUUGUUGAGAUGUAAGUCUCCUCCUUUUCACACUGCUACAUCUUUUUGAUCUUUUGGCUAAACCCCACUUCUCAGUAUCAACAACCGUCAAACUAUCCUUACGUUCCGCCCUGGAGAGAAUAUUACUACUUUGAUCCCCAAGGUUGAGAAUUACAAUAUGCUUGUUCAGACAAAGAAUAGCAUCGCGUUACCUGGAGAAAUCGUCUUGAGAAUUAUUGAGGAAGCUAUCAAUCUUGAGCCUACCGCUGUUCGCACCUUGUCUCUCGUUUCGAAGGUAUGUUACUUAUUCCGAUCUCACAAUUUGUUUGCCUUCCUUCUUUAUGAAAGCACUCUAUCAUACCACACAAAACUUUUUUUGAGACCUUUACUAAUCAGCAUUCCACCUCAGGGCUUCUACACUCUAGUCAACACCUUUGAGAAAUCCAUCGUUGGCUCGCUUAUCCUGAGCGACAACGGUGCAUUGACCUACACAAACUCCACCACAAGUCCCAUCAUCGGCACCGCCACAAUCUCAGCAUACUCCGUCCUAGAGGACAAACUCACAUACAAAUGGUACUCCGAGAUGCGCGCUCGCGCUAUCAUCGUUGAAACCCUCUCUCACCAUGACAUCAUGUUCAUGGACCCCGGUGGAAACUGGCCAACCUUGGAGAUCGAAAAAUCGGAAUUAUACCAACGUGAGGUCCUCAUGAAGAAAGCUGGUUUGUUGUUACUUUUCAAGCUCGCAGACUGCAUCGUUGGACUUGAGAGUACGUCAGAUAUCCGCGGCGAGCAGAGCCGUUUUUUGGAGCGUCUUGGGGAGACGGACCUUGCCAUCCUCAUUGCCUGUGUCGAGCUUCUUGGUGGCAAUUUCAAGGCUCGUGAGCAAGUCGUUUGUGCGGAGCGAGGAGAGCAAUUGGACAAUCACGAUCUUACAGAGCGAAUGUGCGUUUUUGAAGAUAAAGUCCAACGUUUCGGCCCAUAUUUCGCUUGCGCUUACUUGAAUGGACACCUUAAUUCUGCCCGUCGGCCGGAUAUUUGGGUCAUGGAAGAAUUGCAACAGGGAUUGGAGGAUCUUAAUGCUUUUGAGUUGGGCUACACGAUGGCAUUUGCCAGUUUGCAGAGUGUUGGAUGGCGCAUUUUCAUGCAUAAGAUGGGGACCACGCAGUCGAAUUCUUGGAAUGAGGCGAAGAAGUUGGUGGAGGUUGAGAUGGCUGGAUAUAAGCUUUGA